CGGAACCUCUUUUUAUCUGCUGCCCGGGGGUUUUUCGUGUUCUCUUUGCCAGCUCCUCCCGUCUUCUCUUCUGCACGCAUUAUUUUCCAUCGCUCGCUCAAUCCACCUUUACGAGCCGCAACCUACCGGAAAAUGGCCCUACGGCGAGCUGCCCGCGUCAUCCUCGUCGGCGCGCCUGGUGUCGGAAAGGGAACACAGUCGGAACGCCUUCUCCGGCGGUUUCCUCAACUGUCCUCCAUCAGUUCGGGAGAUCUGCUUCGAUACAAUGUCCAGCAACGGACUCCUCUCGGUAUCAAAGUGGAGAGUGUCAUGAAGUCCGGCGGUUUGGUAUCAGAUGACAUUAUCCUCCGCCUCAUUAGCAACGAGCUCACCCAGCGCGGAUGGCUUAAUUCGACUCACCCUGCCGGCAACGUCCUGACGCUUGCUUCCUCGGCCCUCAGCGCCGAGGGGGCACAUUCUUUCCAAGACGAUGCUGAAGUUGCAGCGUUCCUCUCCUCGCCAGCGCAAGCUCGUGGUUUCAUGCAGUCUCAGCUUUCCAAUGACCCCGCUCAUUCUUUUCUGCUGGACGGUUUCCCGCGCACGGCAACCCAGGCUAAGCGUCUGGAUGAGAUCGUUCCCAUCAACCUGGUCGUUUCCCUUAAGACGCCCGUCGAAGUUAUCCUUGAGCGCAUCUCCGGACGCUGGGUCCACGAACCGUCAGGCCGGGUUUACAACACCACAUUCAACGCACCCAAGGUCCCCGGUAUCGAUGACGUUACCGGCGAGCCCUUGGUCCGCAGGGCGGAUGACGACGAGAAGGUUUAUCUUGCAAGGUACAAGAAGUUCCAGGAAACAGCCGAGCCUCUCCUGGAACAUUAUGCGCGCCAGGGCGUCCUCUGGGAGGUCGAGGGCAUGAGCAGCGACGAGAUCACACCAAAGCUCAUCAGCGAAUUUGAGCGCCAUUUCGUUGAGUAGAACGGGCUUUGACCAUGACGUUUGGAACCCCGAUAUCGUAUCGGGAAACGAUAAUCGGCUGACUUGAUGACAAGGGGGUUACUUGGGGCUUGUUAGAUGGCGUUUUGGCAUCGGGUUUGGGUGAUUUAUUGAGAGUCUUUUGGCUUUCAAGCAGGCGUUUUUGGGAGAACGGGUGGAACAUUUGUUUUGUAUACCAUAUCAGCGAAGAAGCGACAUGCAGGCGGUUAAGUGUUGCGAACAUGUGGAUGGUCUCUUCAUGUUAUUCACGAAAAAUAAUUGCUGCUCAAAAAAGCGUCAUC